GGCUCCCCAAGGGCUCAUUACCGCGGCCUCAGCCCCCCUGCCCGUGGGGAGGGGGGGGGGGGGAUGAAUAAUUCAGCGCCUGGUAGGAGACGUGUCCUCCCUCCCUCUCCUUCCUCCUCCUCCUCCUCCUCCUCACCGGCUCUGCCUUCCCCACCUCCCGCCGCUCUCAGUCCUCACCGUACCGAGCCCCGGGUGCUACCGAACUCCGCUCGGCACCGGUGGCAGGGACCCCCCACGACCCCCCACAACAGCCCCCACCCCCCCCCCCACCCCCCUCCGUCUCCGGCAGCGGCGGUGACAGCGCGGUCAAGGCCAUGGACCCCAAGGACCGCAAGAAGAUCCAGUUCUCGGUGCCGGCCCCCCCCAGCCAGCUGGACCCCCGCGCCGUCGAGAUGAUCCGCCGGCGGAGGCCCACGCCGGCCAUGCUCUUCCAGCUCUCCGAGCACUCCUCCCCAGAGGACGAGUCCCUGCCCUACCAGCGCGCCUCGGGCGAGGGCUGCCUGCUAAAACCAAAGAGGACCAACCCGUGUGCCUACACACCGCCCUCGCUCAAAGCGGUGCAGCGCAUCGUGCAGUCCCACCUGGAGAGUGGCCUGGGCGGGGGCGACAGCUCCGACGGGGAACCCGAUGACGGGGAGCACGAGCUGGCCCGCGCCUGCGACCCCGACAGUGCCCUGGAGCCUGCAGCCCCAGGGAGCCAGGCCAGAGCCGAGCGGAGCUACUUCCCCGCCGGCCCCAAGGCGCACAAGCGGAAAGGCGGGCAGAAGGUGUCCUUCGCCGGCGGCAUAGAGGAGCGCGGGGAGGACCUGAAGUCACUGACGGUGUCGGAGAUCCCCGAGGACCCCGAGGGAGCGGAGGGUGACGAGGAGGAGCCGGGACGGGAGCAGGAGGACGGCGGCACCGGGGAGCGGCGACACGUCGGCUUCGCCGAGGUGCCCUCGCGCCCCAUCGGCACCGAGCGCCAUUCGCCCACCUUCCCGCUGGGCAACAGUUAGCCACCACCGGGCCACCGGGCCCCCGGCCCGCAGCAGCUUCGCCCGCGCCCCCCGCCUCGCCCCGGCUGCCCCCCAUGGCUGCUGCCUGCCCUGCCUGCGCUUCCUCCGCCAUGCCCGGCCACCCGGGCCACGCUUGGGUGCCGGGGGUCCCGGCGAGGCCUCGCGUCCCCCCCCCCGCACCCACAACCCCGGCUGCCGGGACCCCCGGGGGCGGCGGGGCCUGGGCCCCCCCCCGGCUGCUGCCCCCCGGCCCCCGUGGAGCUGAGCCCCCCCCUGCCCGCAAUA